CCCCUGCUAAGUUUUGUUGUGUUCUGUAGCCACACCACAGACGUCGUGCUGCUGUGGUGAGAAGAAAAGGAGAGAAAACUCGCAACCUGUUGCAGUCUCAAUGCUUACUUCCAUGUAGAUAUAUUGUUGCUGAAACGCACCAGUCGAUGUUGUGAUUUGUAGUUAGGCUUAUACCUUUUGGGUGUCAAAAUGCUGAGGCAUACAACUGCAUCAUUCCUCCGGGGAUUUCAAAACUUGAAGUGUGUUAACAGCACAUUACGAAUCUCAAGCUCUCGAGCGUACAGCUCCACAGAAAUUGUGGAGUUGGAUCUCUCACAAAGCAGUGCUGCUUUGCUGCGUAGUGAUCUGAACAAGGUGAAACGCAUUGUCAUCAAGCUUGGCAGUGCUGUCAUCACUCGAGAAGAUGAAUGUGGUUUGGCACUGGGAAGACUGGGCUCAAUCGUUGAACAGGUUGCUGAAUUACAGAAUCAGGGCAGGGAAAUGGUGAUUGUCACAAGCGGAGCAGUUGCUUUUGGAAAACAAAAGUUGAGACAGGAAGUUGUUUUGUCAAUGAGUAUGCGUCAAAAUCUCAGCAGUAUUGAAAACGGGGGUGCGUGGAUCAAGAGUCGUCCACCUUCACUGGAGCCCCGAGCAUGUGCUGCUGCCGGUCAGAGUGGGCUAAUGAGCCUGUACGAUGCCAUGUUCCUUCAGUAUGGCGUGAAGACGGCGCAGAUCUUAUUGACAAAGCCAGAUUUUCAAGAUGAGAGCAGUCGAGAAAAUUUGAGAGAAACCCUGUCUGAACUGUUGAAGUUGAACAUAAUCCCCAUUGUGAAUGCGAAUGAUGCUGUUGCACCUCCACCUGAACCUGACAUGGACUUGGCUGGGGUGAUCAGCGUAAAGGACAAUGACAGUCUUGCUGCUCGCCUGGCAUCAGAGAUGAAAGCGGAGCUUUUGGUGAUCAUGAGUGAUGUGAACGGCUUGUACACCGCUCCGCCCGGUAUGCCUGACUCAAGACUUCUGCAUACCUACAGCCCAGAGAGAGAUCAAGUAAUCAUUGCUGGCAAAUCUCGUGUUGGAACAGGUGGCAUGGACUCAAAGGUGAAGGCUGCCACCUAUGCCUUGGCUAGGAACUGUUCGGUUGUGAUUUGUAAUGGCUGUGAGGAAAAUGCUAUAGUGAAUAUCAUUAAAGGCAAGAAGGUUGGCACUUUUUUCACCAAGGCUCAAGCUCGUGGGACUCCGGUGGAAUUGCAAGCAAAGAAUGCGAGAGAAGGGGGCAGGUGCCUUCAAGCUUUGACAGGAGUGCACCGGACAGCCAUUGUGAACAGACUGGCUGACCUCUUAUUGGAGAGGAAGUCUGAAAUCCUUCAGGCUAACCAACAGGAUGUGCAACAAGCUUUUGCUGCAGGAAUGCAGCAAUCCGAGAUGGCUCGCCUGUACUUGAGUGAUCAGAAAUUGGAAACUCUGGCCACUGGCUUGCGGCAGAUUGGCAAGGACUCCGUAGAUGCUGUGGGUCGUGUGGUCCAGCGAACACGUCUGGCUGACGGAAUGGUUCUGGACAAGAAGACAGUUCCCAUUGGAGUGCUGCUGGUCAUCUUUGAGUCAAGGCCAGAUGCUCUGCCACAGGUGGCUGCUCUGUCUAUAUGCAGUGGAAAUGGACUUCUGCUGAAGGGAGGGUCUGAGGCAACACACAGCAAUAAGAUUCUCUUUUCAUUAGUGCAAGAGGCCCUUGAACCAUAUGCUCCUGCUGAUACAGUGGCCCUAGUGAGCCGCCGGGAGGACAUCGCAGACUUGCUGCAUCUGAACCAGUACAUCGACCUGAUCGUGCCCAGAGGCUCGGAGCAGCUGGUCUCUCGCAUUCAGGAGCUCAGUCAGGGCAUCCCGGUGCUGGGCCACAGCGAGGGCAUCUGCCAUGUGUACAUUGAUGAGGAUGUUGACCCAGAAAUGGCAUUACAUAUUGUGAAAGAUUCCAAGUGUGACUACCCAGCAGCUUGUAACAGUAUGGAAACCCUGCUCAUACACAAGUCCCACCGAAAUGGAACCUUGUUUGACAAGACCUGUGAAAUGCUGAGACUUCAAGGGGUGAAAAUCCAUGCGGGUCCCAGACUAGGCCAGGUUCUCAGGUUUGGCCCAUCUUUAGCUGCCUCAAUGAGGACAGAGUAUGGCAACCUUGAGUGUGCUGUGGAGAUUGUUGAUGACUUAGAUGAUGCAAUCGCUCACAUCAACAAGUACGGCAGCUCUCACACAGAUUCCAUCGUCACAAACAAUGAUGAAAAUGGAGCUCAGUUCCUCAAGAUGGUUGACAGUGCUUGUGUCUUCAGGAAUGCUAGCACCCGAUUUGCUGAUGGCUAUCGGUUUGGAUUAGGAGCUGAAGUUGGUGUGAGCACCGCCCGCAUCCAUGCUCGUGGCCCUGUGGGACUAGAAGGUCUUCUCACUCACAAGUGGGUUCUUUCUGGGUCCGGUCAAGCCGCGUCGGACUUUUCCAGCGGAAAGAACAGUUUUGUCCACGAGAGACUGCCAGUGUAUGGAGAAUAUGAGGACUCUGACAGCUCCUCAUCGUGACCACUAAAGGAACAGCGUGUUCGUUGUCCGGGUUGGCUUUUAUCACGGCUGUCAAUACUGAGAGCGAAACUAAAAUUAUGCAUGACAAAAGUUACAUGGUUUAAGUGAGUGUGAGUGGUCUGUUUUCGUGAGUGACGAAGUAGUAUGUGGUAGCGCCAAAGUGGAGUGUGUUCAGCCUGUCACAUGACAGCAUUGUAGCAAGCAUUUAUUUGUUCUUCACAGCCAGGACAAUAUUUUUAUCUGGUCAGUGGAUUUAAAAAACACCUCAAUAUGGCAUCUGGUCAGCAUACAUUUUGGUACUAAAUUCUGAAUGUUUUGUGAUGGGAACUGAUACUACUGAAGUAAGUUGGUAAUGCUUAAGGUUAAUUGCCGUAUACUGUACUUUUUAUCAUGGUCCGGAAAAACAUAAUCAAGUGCUAUGUUAUUUUGUUUGGUGUGAUCUACCAUUGCAUACAGGAUUUGCCCUGCAAUUGCUUUAUUUGUUUGCACUUUUCGUGUGGAUAAAUAACUUUAUACUUCUGUUGUUUGGGUUUUAAAAAUAACUUGAUGGGGGCGUUUUCCCCGACUGUGAGGCUUUAUUCUAACAUGUGUAUAUAUGUAACGACAUCAUGAAAUUAAUUCUUUUCAUUUAGAGAAUGCUAAUUAAUGAUCUGUGAUGGGGUCAACUAUGGUCGCAUCAGUGUUUUUUUCCCUAUUUUAUCCCCUCUCCUCUGUCCUUUUUUGAAAAUAAAUCUGUUCUCAGGCAAAAUGAUAAGGGAAUGGUGUGUCUCUUUGCCAAAAGAAUAUGAUGUAAAUGUGUUGUGUAAGUUUUAAACGACUGACAAAGAUUUCUUACUUGAAUAUCUCAAAAUUGUGAAAAAAAAUGUUGUUUUCCUAUUUGGGUGAGUUCUUGUAAAAGUCUUUUAAGGUGAGUGCUUAUGAACUGGUGCAACUUUUUUUGCAGUCUUUUCCUCUGACUAAACCUAAGCUUGAAAGGUGUGAAAUUCCUGGUGGGUUUUUUUCUUUCUUUGUGAGAUACUGAGGUUGUAUCAGUUGCUCUGUUUGUCAUGUUUGUCUACAUUACUUGUUUCUCAGGUUUGAGUCUUAGAAAAGUUCCUUUGGAAAGUUUUUAAGGCUUGUCACUGUACUUGAGGCAUGUUGUCUCCAGAAUUCCUUUUGUUGUGUUCAGAAGGGUGUAAAUGUAAAAGACUGAAAGAUUUCAUUGCUUUAAAGAUUUUUCAGACUUACUGUAUGAAUGAAAUGGAAGUAGAGAAAUGUUUGCCUUUGUGUGGAAAUUUACUUCCUCUUUGCUGUAUAAGACCCAAACUAAACCAAGCUUCUUGACAAUUUAGUCACUAUUGAUAAUGAUGUUUGGUUUGUUUUAGCUGUUAAGUCUGAGAGGAGAUGAAAUACAUCAUACCUAUGAAACUCUUAGACGGCCAACAUUUUUUUUGGGGGGGGGGGGGGGGGAGAAGAGAAGAAAGAAGAACCCUUGAUUCACUUUCACUCAUUUCAUUUGUACUGUAAGUGGUAGUAAAUAAAUUAAUAAUAAAAUUGGACUGUAGUUACUUAGUUACUGUCUGUUUUCAUGAUAUGUAAACAUAGGAGUCAAAAUGAAAAAUGUCUUUCAGUGAUAAAUUUUCACAAUUUUUUUCUAGCUAUACUUAGAAGUGCAUUUAGUGUUUUUGUCUCAAAAUGUUGUUUUCUCAGGAUUCAGUUUUCAUUUGUUCUUUCACUGCACAUUGCCUGAAAUUUUUUGUUUGUAUGCUUAGAAUGGGUGUUUGCCAUUCAUGAAUGCAUCUGAGGAUUGUUUUUAUGUAUGCAUAUGUUGAGAUGUGAUCUAUCUGUGUGUCUGGCUUUGUGACUUUACAGCGCACACACUGAAAUGUUAUGAAUGUGCACCUGCGUCUUUAGUUUUAUGAAUGGCAAAGAAGUUUUGUUUUCUCUAUGAGAAGAAAUUAAAAAGUGCUCUUUGAACCAAC